AUGCAGCGGGUUAUGAGUCAGGAAUCUAACGGAUCGGCAAAUACGGCCACCCCGCCCGCCACGGCACCUAGCAAUCUUAUUGCUCCCAUCUCCACAAACCUUCAGCCCUCAUCCCCAGCUAGCGGAUCUGCCGGGGUGAGCACGCCCAAAGCGCGCCAAGCGAGAUUAUCGGCGGAAGGCGGGUUAGCGCAGGAUCUGGAGGAGCUGCAAGUCCGGUCGCCGAUGGCUAUGGCCGGCAUGGAUCCUCCCACACCAAUCCACGCGGAGGAGGGCGACGUGGGCAUGGCGGAUGGAAGCGGGCACGGACACGAGCGGUCUUACUCUGGCUCUACCGAGUCCUCAUCUUUCGGCAGCUUUGGCCAGCUCCCAUCCCAAUUUGGAUCAGUCUACGGCGCGGAAGGCUUCGCGACUGCCCCCAGCCACGUCAGUCCGUACAAUUACAAUAUGCCCAAAACGGAUUCGCCCGAGUUCUCCAUGACUCCAGCCGCGGCCGCCGCUAUCGCUGCAGCUGACGAGGCAAUCAAGCAGCUGAAUGGGACAUCUACGGUCUAUCAGGGCUACCAAGGCGUCCCCUCCAUCCCUGGUCCCCAACCACUACAACCACCAGGUACUAUGCCCCUCGAGAACCCCUAUCAGCUCCCGCGGGGAUACGCCAACUUUGUCAAGCCCCAAAACAAGGACGAUCCCGCGGGCGUCAGUCGGCAAAGCUCUACCUCGUCCUCCACCACCGAGGCGAGUACGAGCUCGGAGGAGAGCGAUCUCUGUAUCCCUCGGAUAGAGUGGGUGGAUAAGGAUGUAGGUGUGGGAGCAGGGACGCCGCAGAGCUGGGCCAACGGCUUUUUCACCCCAUAUCAACCGCAUCGGAUCGCUCCGGCCAGGAUGCCUCCUCCAGCAUCGACCAACCGGGUCUCGUCGCCCCGGAACAAGAAUCUCGCAUCACCCACUGCCGGUCCGUCUCAGCCCGCCCUUCCCGUUGGCGCCUCGGCGCACACCCCAUCCGGUCUCGGCCAAUCUUCGGCGUUGCCCACCGGAAUUGCUCCGGAGGCGAUGGACGAGGACGACGAUGACCAAACAAUCGGUCAGCGUGACAAAUCCCCAACGUCCGAUUCGAGCCAUUCGUCCCAGUCUGGUCUGGAUUUGUUGCUCCGGGCCGUGACGCACAGCUCAAACGGCAAGGACAUGGGCGAAGAUCACGCGCCGGCCCCGGCGCUGCCGCAGUCUCCGCCCGUACACGAAGGCAAGGGGAAGCGGAAAGCAGGAUCCGAGGCUGUGGAUCAAUGGCGGAAUUCAGGGAUCCCAACGGGUGUCGGGGCAAAAGGCAAGGGAGCCAAACCGGAAGUCCCGCUCGCGGGUCCACCGAGCAAGAAGCGGCGGCGAAGCAGUGCGGUGGAUGAAGAGACACACAUUGAUCCCUCGUUGAGGGACGAUGGAGGACAGGUGGAGCAUAAACCUCAUAGUCAUGCGCAGACGUACGCGCCACUAGAGGAGGAAAUGGAGGAAGAGUCGUCUGAGCCGGAUGAUGGCGCGAGCGAGGGGGACUCGGAGUACGGUGGGGAUGGGAAAGUGAAGAAGGGGGGUGCGGGCGCUGCAAGGGGGAGAGGCGGAGCGAAGCGCGCAGUCAGGGGCCGGGGCAGUGCUUCGCAUAAUGCAACGGCGGGGUCGUCAAAGGGCGGAACGCCAGCGGCGAGUGGCGGGAAGAGGGGGAAGAAGACGGAUAGUCCCAGUGCGGCGGUCAAGGGGGCGAGGAGGGAGAGUGCGGCGGCUCAAAUGGGGAUUAUGGUUGCGAAUGGGGUUCAAUGUGAUUAUACCAAUCCUCUACCUCCAUACAACAGAUGCCAAGACGUCUUUACCCGAAAAUACGAUCUUCCGCGACAUAUGGCUCGGCAUGCCCGACGGGAGGGCGAACUGGUAUAUGAGGGGAAACUCGCAGCGGACAAGGCGCUCUUAUGGGCCACUAUCAAGGAUAGGCCAAAGGUUUCGUGUGAGCACUGUGGGGAGAGCUUUACAAGGAUGGACGCGCUCAAGCGGCAUCAGGCAAAGCAACAUCACUAG